CUGACAGACAUGAGGCUGGGACUGACUGCUCUCCUCUGCUUCUCCAGCGUCGUGCUUCGGUGCGACUGCACUCCUCCGACCUGCUACUCCAGAGCGCUUGGCCUGAGCAGAGAAAUCAUGACCCUGCUGGACAAGAUCCACAAUUCCCAUCGCACCAAAGCGUGUGCUGAAGUUCUACCUGUCAUCCACAUUGAUGUGCAUAACGCAUGCAUCUCCAACAAGCUGCGUGACCUUCUCUACGUGGUGCUGAACCAUCCCGACCAGAGCUGCAAAGAGAAGCCCAGAAUGGUCGUGUUGAAGCGGAAAACCCAGAACCUGUACUCCAUCAUCACCAGAAUCUGUUACCGGGACUUGGUGUUUUUCACAGACGACUGUGAGGCCAUCGACACCGGACGCAGCAGCCCAAACCUGGCCGAAGACAGACUGCAGCUGCUGGUCGAGGACAGAUGAGACAGCUCACACUCAUUCACACAGACAUAUACCUUCGUAGAAAUCUAUUGUAUCCAAAUGUAGAGCAGUAAUAGCAAGCAUAUGACACCGAAGACGAGGCUGUUUAACGUCCUGCAUGUUCACUGGCUGAGGGCUGGACGACAGGCUGCAUGUCGGGGGACACGUGUGGUCACAUUCCAGCAGCAAACGGAGAACCUCCCACAGGAAAUUAGCUGAAUACCAGCCAUGCCGAUGAAAACCUUCAAAUAAUAAACCAGUACAAGGUGCUUGUGUGUGCAGCGUUGACCUCUGCUUAUUUACCAGGACUGAUCAAAGGUUUGCGUGCAAUUAGCAGAAAUAGGUUGUGUUACUGGGAGCCACCCAGUAACACAGGGUGGCUGUGUUACUGGGUGGAGGUCGAUGGAGAAGAAAUGGAAGUUUUCUUCCUCUUUCUUGUACCGUUUGUAUCUCUCUGAAUGUUCUUCAAUAGCUUUUGCAUCUAAGAAGCUGUGAUGUUUCUGCUACUUUGUUAUUAUGAACAACAAGUACAACGACUGUUCACAUAAAUAUGUAUUCACUCACAAUCAGUAGAGGCUGUUAUUCUUUUCAAGUAAUAAAAAAGUUAUUUUCCUAUCA